AUGCCGACCAUCUCCGUCGACAAGGCGGACCUCUACCGCCGUUUGGAGCGCGAGUACACCACCCAAGAGUUUGACGAGCUGUGCUUCGACUUCGGUAUCGAGCUCGACGAGGACACCACCGAGGAUGUCGAGGCCGCUAUCAAGGCUGGCCAGCCUACCCCUCCCCCUCAGCUCAAGAUUGAGAUCCCCGCCAACCGUUACGACCUCCUCUGUGUCGAGGGUCUGGCCCGCUCGCUCCGUGUCUUCCUCGAGAAGGAGGCUCCCCCCACUUUUACUCUGUCGCAGCCCGCUGUCCUCCAGGAGGCGUACAUUGAGGCCUCUACUUCCCCCCUCCGUCCCAUGUUCGCCAGCGCCGUCCUCCGCCUCGCGCGUCCCAUGAGCCAGCUCGAGUACGAGUCGUUCAUCGACCUCCAGGACAAGCUCCACCAGAACCUGUGCCGCAUGCGCCGCUUUGUGGCUAUCGGUACCCAUGACCUUGACACUAUCGAGGGCCCCUUCAGGUACAUGUGCAAGAACCCCGACGAGAUCAAGUUUGCCCCCCUCAACCGGGAUACUGAGCACACUGCGACCGAGCUCAUGACCAUCUUUGAGCAGGACAGGCAUCUUAACAAGUACCUGCACAUCAUCCGUGACGCCCCUGCCUACCCCAUCAUCUACGACAAGAACGACAAGGUGCUUUCGAUGCCGCCUAUUAUCAACUCGCAGCACUCCAAGAUCAUCCCUGGCAAGACCAAGAACAUCUUUGUCGACGUCACUGCCACCGACAAGACCAAGCUCGACAUUGUCGUCAUGCUCAUGGCCACCAUGUUUGCCGAGUACUGCGCCGUUCCCUUUGAGAUUGAACCCGUCCUCAUCCACUACCCCGACGGCACCACCGCUCUCACCCCGAACAUUGCCCCUCGCAAGACCACCGCGUCGCACAAGUACCUCAACGAGGCUACCGGCCUCAACCUGUCCCGCGAGGAGACUUGCAAGCUCCUGACCAAGAUGUCGCUUGCUGCCCGCCCCUCGGCCUCGGACCCCGACGUUCUCGACGUCGACAUUCCUUGCACCCGCUCGGACAUUCUCCACGAGUGUGACAUUAUGGAGGACUAUGCCAUUGCCUUUGGCUACAACAACCUCCCCACCUCGCUCCCCACCACCUCGACUGUCGCCAAGCCCUACGCUGUCAACAAGCUCGGUGACGUCCUCCGCAAGGAGUGUGCCCAGGCCGGCUGGGUCGAGGCCCUCCCUUACAUCCUGUGCUCGCACGACGAGAACUUUGCCUGGCUCAACCGCCCCGACCCGGGCAAGACAGCCGUGGCGCUCGCCAACCCCAAGUCGAUCGAGUUCCAGGUCGUCCGCACGUCCCUGCUUCCCGGUCUCCUCAAGACCGUUCGCGAGAACAAGGCCCUCCCCCUCCCCCUCAAGGUCUUUGAGGUGUCGGACAUUGCCCUCCAGGCCCCCGAGGCCGAGCGCAGGUCGUGCAACCACCGCCGCCUCGGCGCCGUCUACGUCGACCGCAAGGCCGGGUUCGAGGUCGUCCACGGUCUCCUGGACAGGAUCAUGCAGAUCCUUGCCAUCCCCUUCAUCGAGCGCGCAGAGUCGGACAAGGAGCACGGAUACUACAUUGCCGAGGCCACCGACAGCACGUUCAUGCCCGGCCGCGCCGCCACCGUCUUCUACCGCCCCAAGCCCAAGGCUGCCGCUGCCGCCGGCUCCGCCCUCGAGACCGUCGCCGGCGCCCUCAAGGGUGCCCUCCCCGGUGCCGCUGCCGCGCGCGACAUCAAGCUCGGCUCCCUGGGUAUCCUCCACCCUACGGUGCUUGCCAACUUUGAGCUCACGCGUCCUGCGUCGGCGCUCGAGAUUGACGUCGAGCCCCUGUUGUAA